GGAGCGAUUGCGAUCAAGGCGCUGUUUGCGGAGGGUUUACAGCAGGCGUUUGAUGCUCAGGGUGCGGGCUUGAAGUUGUUGCUGGAAGGGUAGGAGGAGAGAAUGGAGACGUGACGUACCCUCUCCGGACUCCCGGAUGAGGAAUGCCAUGUGACCUGAUUUAAAUGAGGGCAUUCCAAGGUUCCAAGGCGGCAUCGUGGGCGUGUUUUGUGGUGGAUGGUCGCGCCGCCCUCCCCCCCUCCGCAACCAGCAAGGCGUGGAGGCGUGGCUGGUUCCUGAGUGCUCCCCCUCGCCGUCCCCAGCUGCUGCCCCUCCAACGCAGGUACACAGCUCGACAGUACCACCACCACAACCGCUACACUCUUACAAGCUUUCGUCCCAAGUCCUGUCAACUCGCGAUAUCCGUCCAGCAGAUCCCACGCUACUUACCCGUGGGACUUCCGCCUCGCAUCCGCUGCACAGACUCCAGCGGAACCUCCUCGGAAGCUCCUCACCCCACCCGCCAUCAUCCGCCAGCAGCAGUCGGACGGAAAGGACAGCUUUCAGUGACCCGAGCGUGUCUGCGUGCCCGUUCACGGGGUUGAGUCACGUCGCCGCAUGACGCAAGUCCCUUUGUCUUAGCACCAGUACUCCGUCUUCAACACCUUCACUACCUUACGCGUC